CUUUGGCUCGUUGAGGACCGGCCGGUGCCCCGCCGCCGCCGCUUCGUCUGCUGCCGAUUCGCGAUUCUGGGUCCGCCCCAUUUCGGCAUUCGAGGAGGGGUGGGAGGAAGCAUGGUGGUCUCGGCGCCGAUCACGGCUGGACAGGUGUCUUUUUUACUUGGCAUCAUCCCAGUAUUUAUCGCCUGGAUAUAUUCGGAAUUGCUGGAGUUCAGGAAGUCCUCUUCGGUUUCCAAAGUGCACUCAGACAAUAAUCUGGUGGAAUUGGGAAAUGGUACUGCCAAGGAAGAAGAUCGAGCUGUUCUUUUGGAAGGAGGCCUUCCCAGAUCAGCCUCUGCAAAGUUUCAUAGUUCAUCCAUUAAAACAAAUUUGAUCAGGUUUUUGACAAUGGACGACUCUUUCUUGCUAGAGAACCGAGCAACUCUUAGAGCAAUGUCUGAGUUUGGAGCAGUCUUAUUCUACUUCUACAUCUGUGAUCGAACGAAUAUAUUGGGAGAUUCUACGAAGAGUUACAAUAGGGACCUUUUCCUCUUUCUCUAUGCUCUUCUCCUCAUUGUAGCAGCGAUGACUUCAAUGAAGAAGCAUAACGACAAGUCAGCAUUUUCUGGGAAAGCCAUUCUUUACCUUAAUAGGCAUCAGACUGAGGAAUGGAAAGGAUGGAUGCAGGUUCUCUUUUUGAUGUAUCACUACUUUGCAGCAGCAGAAAUUUACAACGCGAUCCGUGUAUUUAUUGCUGCAUAUGUUUGGAUGACGGGAUUUGGCAAUUUUUCCUAUUAUUACAUUAGGAAGGAUUUCAGUCUUGCUCGUUUUGCUCAGAUGAUGUGGCGACUAAACUUUUUCGUGAUAUUUUGCUGCAUUGUUCUCAACAAUGACUACAUGCUGUACUACAUCUGCCCUAUGCACACGCUUUUCACUGUUAUGGUUUAUGGAGCCUUGGGUAUUCUCAACCAGUAUAAUGAGAUAAGAUCGGUGAUGAUUGCGAAGAUAUUUGCUUGCUUUCUGGUGGUUAUAUUGAUAUGGGAGAUUCCAGGUGUUUUCGAAAUUUUCUGGGGCCCAUUAGCAUUUCUAUUAGGAUAUACUGAUCCAGCAAAACCUGAUCUGCCUCGAUUGCAUGAGUGGCAUUUUAGAUCCGGACUUGAUCGUUACAUUUGGAUCAUUGGAAUGAUAUAUGCCUAUUACCAUCCGACGGUUGAGAGAUGGAUGGAGAAACUGGAGGAACUGGAAAACAAGAGAAAGGUCACAAUAAAAUCGGGAAUCGUUGCAGUUGCCGUAUUUGUGGGUUACCUGUGGUAUGAAUAUAUCUACAGACUGGACAAAGUGACAUACAACAAGCUCCACCCUUACACAUCCUGGAUUCCUAUCACGGUAUACAUUUGCUUGCGAAAUUUCACUCAGCAGUUCCGGAAUUAUUCUUUGACUCUCCUCGCGUGGCUUGGCAAGAUUACAUUGGAGACAUAUAUUUCCCAGUUCCACAUCUGGUUGAGAUCGAACUCGCCAAAUGGACAGCCUAAAUGGCUUCUUUCUCUCAUCCCAGACUAUCCUAUGUUGAACUUCAUGCUGACAACUGCGAUAUAUGUUCUUGUUUCUCACCGUCUCUUUGUAUUGACCAAUACGUUGAAGGGAGUUUUUGUACCGACAAAAGAUGAUAAGAAGCUGCUGUCCAAUUUUCUUGCCGGCAUAGGCAUUUCUGUAGCUCUGUAUUCCAUUUCCUUCAUUGUUCUUCAGAUCCCUCACACACCCGCCUGAACAAAUAUUGAAAACCGGUAAAGUUUAGCUGCUGGAGGCAAUACGACACAAUGGAUGAAGCAAAUAAGAUGUAAGAAAAAGACAGCGCUAACAAUUCUUCAGGCGAAUUGCCCGGGAUACUGCGACGGAGAUGGAAAAUGGUAGUGUGAAUUCAACCCUGGAAAUAUGGCAUGUCAUAAGAGGAAAAAGGUGAUUGCUUUAAUAGUUUGCGAGUGUGGCCUUGUAGAAUUACCUGCCAAGUCACCCAUCAUUCGUUAGGUCUAUUAGCAAGAAAAAUGUGGGUCCACGUUGCAUAAGUUUUCCGGCGCCUGCUCAUCCGAUUAAGUUUUGUUCCUGAUGAUUUUUGUUAUUUUUUCGUUUUCAAUUGUGAAUUAGUUUCUCUGAAGAAAAUGUGGAUCUACAGAGAUGUAUAUUUAAAAGAAUUCAUUUCCAGCAUCCUGAAAUCGAUCGAUUGAAAUCGUCAAUUUAUCGUAAA